GGUCUGAAAACCACCAACCUUUGGCUUGAAGAUUCUAAGUCCAUGGAGAAUAAUAGUGAUUUAACUUUCUGUGUUGACAGUGUAGCUGGGGAGCAAUGGCAAUACCCUAUUAGAAGCCCGUACAGCGACCAAGUUUUACUGGAAGAUCAUCUGCCAACAAAUCUAAUUACCAGUGAACAAAAUCCCCAGAUGAUGAUGAAUCAGACCGCAGCCCAAACACAACCGUCGAGGCAGCGGCAAUCAGCUGAACUGACACCUUCGUAUUCUCAGUCGAAAAGGAAAAUUUCUGAAAUUACUGCAGUUGACCCGCGUACCAGCAAAAAAAGAGAGUACGAUCGACACUAUAGGCAGAGAGUCAAGGAACGAAAAACGCAAAACGAGUCCGAUUUGAAGAAAGUUAAGGAUGAAAACGCAGAACUAAAGCACAAUGUUGAAUCACUGGAAAAUGACAAUCUUUCGUUAAGUCAGAAACUGGAUAAGCUCGAAAAAGAAAAUGACAAUUUGAAGCAGAAACUGGAGAAGAAAAAGGAAAAAAUCCGACGACUGGAGAAUGAAAAUGGAACAUUAAGGAAUCAGUAUAUUGAAUCCCUGACAGGAAGGAAUGCCUUGAUGAACCAACACUUCGAAACUCAGUCAAACGAACCAGGCCACCGUCGAAGUGAAUUUCACAAUAUAGGAAAACAGCUUAUAUUACCUAGAACCAGCAACAACUUCACUGGAGGUUUUGGGGUAGAGACAGAAGGACGCUCCAUGCACAGCAACGCAGUAGCGCUGUUAAAGGUAAGUAAAUGAGAUCAUAAACUAAUUGUAGUUCACUGGUAGUAGUAGAGGGGGAUGGGGGGAGCUUGCUUAUGGUGUUAUUUAAUUUGAAAAUGAUAUAAUUAUAAUAUCAUUUAUUAUUAUAAAUUUAUAAAUUUAUA